CUCUCUGGCACGAAGAACAUCUGCUUGUAAUAACUUGUGUUCAUCUAGCACAACUCUUUAAAACGUGAACACUGGAAACUCGUUUUGGGAAGCUGCGUUUUAAUCUCAGCGCAGGACACACGAAAACGUACAACGCCCCCGGUCACAUCGCACGGCGGUGGAUUUUGAGACUCGUCUAUGUACACAGCGGAAUACUAUGAUUACAUAUCAUUACCGCGGCGCAGAUCGUACCACGGAUUAAGGGAUUGGACCGAGGAGUGAAGCGCAUUCCUGGAGGGGUUGACGGCUGCUUUGUGCGCAUAUGAGAAUUCAGCCUUCUCACACCGUGCCCAUUAGGAUGGCCUCCAACUUUGUUUGCCUGCACUGCAUUGGCCUGGGGCAAAGAUGUGUGUUGCCAUGGUAAUCAUUUACAAGAAAACACUGGAAAAGAAGGGUGUCGACGAUGUAACAUCCAAACGGCUGGAUUUAGGCCCGUUCCAUGGACAGACCAUGAGCCAGGGGACAGCCCUCUUUUCUUGUGGACUCAUGGAAACGAGCCGCUGGUGUGAGUUUGGUCAGGGCUAUGCCAUGCAGCAGAGGCCAGUGGGGGCCAGCCUCGAGAGCCUUUGGGACGCGCUGCCAGAGGUCCAUCAGAGUCCGGUCCGUUGGGAACGGGAGGUUGACACGUCAGGCACCCUCUCCAGCUUACUGAAGGACCUCAGCCUGACUGAGGCUGCGGCCUCUCCCUCCACCGCGCCGCCCAGCAAGCGCCAGUGUCGCUCCUUGUCCUGCUCAGACGAGCCAGGCGGCUGCCGUUCUGCCUGGCGUCCCCAGGGCUCCCGGGUGUGGACGGCAGUGGAGAAGAGAAGGUGCCACAGCGGCGGCAGUGUGCAGCGAGGCGGUACGGGCAGUGUGCAGUUGGGCUUCCCAGCCAUGCAGCGCAGCUCCAGCUUCAGCCUGCCAGCCCGCUCCAAUACCCUCGAACUGCCCUGCUUCACCCAGCGCCUGCCCUGCCCCUCUGCCUUCACUGGCCUCACCCCUUCCUCUUCCAUGUCCCUGCCCUCUGAGAUCCCAGCGCAGCCCCUCUACCUCUCUCACGAACAGAUCUGCCUCCCUGAGCCACGCGGGCCUUCGCCAUCUAGCUCCCCUGAUUCCACCCCAGAGCUUGAGCGCCGCAGUGGGCAGGGAGGGUUGCCCCGCAGCCGCUCACAGCCGUGCGUCCUCAAUGACAAGAAGAUAGGUGUGAAGCGCAGAAGACCAGCCGACACACACAAACAGAGGCCUUCGCUGGACUUGGCUAAGAUGACCCAGAAACUUCGCAAUUUCCACAGCCUUAGCUGCCCUGGGAUCACAGGGGAAGAUGGUUGCCAAUCAAGCCAGGUCCUACCCAUUCUCAGGAGCAAUGCCCCAUGUGACACUGACUUCCUGUCUGUAAGUGAACAGCGCUUGGAGGAAGAACCACACAGAACCAAAGAGGGUGAGGUCACCAGGAGCAUGGGGACAGACCACACGAUUGAGAAGCUGGACUGGAACUCUCCAGACCACAGUGAUGUGACAGCCGAGACAACCAUUGGCAAGGACCGUGAGCCUUUAUGGGCGGGGCUAUGUAGCAUCAGGAAGGACAUGUAUCAGCUCGGAGGCGAACUCGACAUUGAGCAGAUUGAGAGAAACUGAGGUCGGCUGCUCCUCCUCUAGAAGUUAAGGAACUGUGAAAGUUGAUCACUUGGUGGUACAGUAGGUAAACCACCCUGAUAGUCUUAAAGGACAAAGCAAGUUGAUAGCUAAUGCAGGGACCGUCCCAGCACUUACCUUGACUUUGUCUCAAAGAUUAAACAGGAGAUUUGUGGCCCAAGGGCCCCAGCGGUGAGUAUAUAUGGUCGCAAGCUAACCUCCCUGUGCAGUAUUGUGACUGUGUCUCAGAAGAAGGAAGCUAAGGGAAGUAGACGGAGAGGGAAGAAACUAUUGUACCGUGAUCUUAAAGCAUUUCUUUGUUGCUUGAUUACCUGUCGUUGUACUAGGUAUGGAGAGAAUACACAGCAGGUUUGUAUAAAUUCUCUGCAAUAGAAAUGGUGAAUGUUUCUCUGACGUUCUUCUCUAGUACAUGGGUACAUGAUGGACACAUAAGGAGGCUACUUUGUGAGAGCUACACAAACGGACAACCCAUGAAAUAUAUUGACAUGCUUAACACUUCACAGAGUAACCUCAGACUACUCUCAAAUGAUCUAUUCCCAACCUGGAGAGAAACUUAGCGAUGCUAAUAGUGUUAAUAUUCUUUCUUUUUACAAUUUGUAACUACAAAGCAAUGUAAAACAUGACUAUUUCUAUACAAAUAAACAGUUUUAAUUGUG